UCUCUGCAAUCUAUUUCCAGAGUAGCAGCCCACGGUUUAUCGCUAUUCUGGAUUGUGUGGCCACUUUUAUAUGGGAAACUGAGGCUGCUUGUCCAAUCAGGGAAACAAAAGAUGAUUCACAGUCCUGCACUGUGCGAGAUCCAAACACUGGCUUUUUGUUCAAUCUGCAGCCGUUAGCUUCUGAAAAGGGCUAUGUGGCUACUGGCAGUGGGAAGAAUUUCUUGCUAAACAUUUGUGGAUCCAUGCCAGAUUGUGGUAAAAUUGAUGGCAAAACAGCUGCUGGAUGUGAAAUAGAAAAUCUGACAUCGGUGAGGCUGGUGGAAUUGGACAAAACCCUGUAUCUAUCCAGUGAAGGGUUUCUAACUCUUGCCUACAGAGGUCCUCUUCGUGUGGAAUCAGGAAAAUCAGACAUGUUCCUGGUGACUUUCAUUUGUAAUGAUUCAUAUCCUGGAGAGCUUAAGUUUGUGCGUGAGGAGGUAAACAGUGUGCUGGACAUCCAUGAUACUUUUUUUGAGUUUCACACAGCUCUGGCCUGUGCUCCUGCUCCUGUAGACUGUCAGGUCACAGAUUCUGCAGGCAAUGAGUAUGAUUUAAGUGACUUGAGCAAAGAUGGUGAGCCAUGGGUUGCUAUCGACACUUCAAAGGAAGCGAAGAAGCGAACAUUUUUCUUGAACGUCUGCAAGCCUUUGCCCUAUGUGACUGGAUGCUCUGGUGGUGCCAUAGGAUCUUGUGUGAAAUAUGCUGAUAAAAGCAAGAACCUUGGAGUCAUUCAGAUAACCCCCCAGGCUGCUACUGAUGGGUCAUUAAGCAUUAUCUACUUGAAUGGUGACAUAUGCAAAGAUAAGCAGCAUUAUUCUACACGUAUAAUCUUCCAAUGUGAUCAAACAAUGGGAUCACCAGUGUUGGAACAGGAGAAUGACUGUGAGUUUGUAUUUGUUUGGAGAACCUUGGCAGCAUGUCCUGUUCACAAAGCAGAAGGAGAGGAUUGCCAGGUGAAAGAUCCAAGGUAUGGUCAUGUUUAUAAUCUGAAGCCACUUUCUAAUAAGGACGUGAAAGUGAGUACAGAUGAGUAUGACUACUACUUCAGAGUUUGUGGAGAAAUAACACAACCUUGCAAUCCAAAGGCUGACGCUGUUGCAUCGUGUCAAGUAAAGAAGAUGGGCAGUUUGACAAAAGUAGCAG